AUGGCAACUGACUUCCCUGCUGCACCGCUCCCCACGCUCGACCACCUUGGUGUUUCGUCCGUCUCACUAGACGUAGAUGCCAAAAAGAUUGCCAAUGAUUGGUUGGCUUCGUUCUCCGCGGCUGCGACUCAAGGCGAUGUCGACGCGAUAAUCUCUCUACUCCUCCCUGACGCCUUUUGGCGCGACAUGCUCGCUCUAACCUGGAAUUUGCGUACCUUUUCAGGCAAACAAAAAAUUUCCAAGUUCCUCACUGACCGCCUCGGAUUGUCGAAGCUGCACGACUUCAAGAUCCGUCAAGAACUCGUAGGCCUGCAGCAGCCCUACCCAGAUCUGGUGUGGAUAAGCCUUAUGUUCGAUUUCAUGACCGGCGUCGGUGGAGCAUCCGGCAUUGCUCGAUUGGUUCCCACCCCAAAUGGAGAGUGGAAGGCGCAUGUUGUAUUCACGAACCUGGAGAAUUUGACGGGCUUCCCUGAAAAGUCAGGUCCCUUGAGGGAUCAGGACCCCAAUCAUGGAAGGUGGGAGUCAGAGCGCCAGCGCGAAGUGGAAUUUUUGGACAAAGACCCCACUGUCCUCAUUAUCGGGGCAGGACAAAGUGGACUGGAAGUGGCAGCUAGGCUCAAGGUUUUAGACGUGUCGGCGUUAAUCAUUGACAAGAACCCAAGGGUUGGCGACAAUUGGCGAAACAGAUAUGAAGCAUUAUGCUUACAUGACCCAGUCUGGUAUGAUCACAUGCCAUUUAUACCAUUCCCUGCGACUUGGCCAGUUUACGCUCCAGCUAAAAAACUUGCAAAUUGGCUGGAGUUCUAUGCAGAUGCAAUGGAAUUGAAUGUUUGGACAUCGGCUAAUAUUACGGAAACUGUUCAAGACCCGAGUACCAAUAAAUGGAAGGUGACGAUUAAACGCCAGGAUGGUACCGAGAGGAAGCUAGUAGUGAAUCACAUCGUAUUCUGUACGGGAUUGAGUGGUCCUACCCCAAACACACCCGUGUACCCGGGAAUGGACACAUUCAAGGGACAGAUUCUCCAUUCGAGUCAGCACAAGCGUGCUUUGGAUCACGCAGGAAAGAAGGUGAUAAUUGUAGGCGCUUGUACCUCAGCUCAUGAUAUUGCCGUGGAUUACUACGACCAUGGUGUCGGAGGAUACUGUGAAGGCGGGCCUCCCGCCGAUAUUGUGGAUCGCAUGUCUGCGUCUUUCCCACACCAUAUGGCUGUUGGUCUGAACCAGCGAGCUGCAAAACAGAUAGCGGAUCUGGAUAAGGACCUUCUCGACUCCCUGCACAAGGUCGGAUUCCGGACCAAUAUGGGCAUUCUAGAUACCGGAUUCGGACUUCUAGCCUGGAGCAAGGCUGGAGGCUACUACCUUGAUACUGGCGCAAGCAAGCUUAUCGCAGACGGAAAAAUCAAGCUAAAAUCAGAUAGCCAAAUUUCUCACUUCACGGAGACUGGCCUCAAGUUUGAAAAUGGAACAGAAUUAGCGGCCGAUGUGGUGAUAUUCGCCACCGGACUUGGGGACUGUAAGGAGCACGUCGCCAGGGUCUGUGGGGAAGAAGUCGCCAAAAAAUGCAAGCCGAUAUGGGGUCUUGAUAAAGAGGGGGAGCUAAACGGGACGUGGAAAGGCCUCGGUGUUCCGGGGCUGUGGUAUAUGAUGGGUAACCUUGCGUUAUGCAGGUUCCAUUCUACCCACUUGACUCUCCAAAUUAAGGCAAUCGAAGAAGGCAUCUUCGGAACUCGUUACGAGGCUGAUUAA